GCAAACAGACAGCUGAGAGAGGAUUGGGGAAGGGGAAGGGGAAGGGGAAGGGAAGAAUAGUCUUUGGAUGGAAGGAGACGCAACAAUGAAAAGAGGAACUGCGGCGGAUGUUAUCAGGGGAAGUGAAAUAGUGAAUCCCCGAACGAGGAUCAAGCUUUCCGGCCUCUCUCCUUUCUCAGCAGCCUGGAAUAGCAACUUCAACCACUCAGUGCUCGGCUGCUCGUGCAAUGAUAUAAUUUGCACCCGUGUCUGUUUAGGUGCGGCUGCUCCUACAUUGGAACUUGGAAGAAACUAAUUGUCACCAUCCAAAUCACUUUGAUCCUCUGCACAAGGAAAUGAAA